AUGAGCUGGAAGAGAAUGGAGGAACUAGGAAUUAGAGAUGUAGGAGUGAGGUUAGUAAGUGCACAAGCGAUUCAGAAUGAAGUGGAUGCGAUCAAUUUGGAUGACCCACCAAAGGGUUACGACCAUCUAAGAAGAAAGAUUAGUCGUCUUCAGUACUUCAUCUCAGUCGAGUCGUCCGAUCUAAUUGACAACAUCGACACACUGGACUCUUUGAGUAUCGUGGACAACACAAGAAACAACAAAAGACAUUCUCAACUACUUCGACAAAAGUCAGAGACACUUGUGGCGAGGGCAUCUGCUGCAGCUGAGUGCCCAAACUCGUCAGGUGGAGUACACCAUUGCGACACAGCCAGCUCACAUGAACAUAAGGAAGAUUCCAAGUCCUCCAAAUCUUUGGAGGAAUUGGAUGAGGGAGACCUGGACUUGAAUCUCUCCGACUCUGAUGACGAAUCUGACUCAUCGGAUUCAUCCGAGGAUGAUGAUGACGAGGGCGAGGUGGUGGUCAAGGCACCUUGGAAGUUGAAGAAGUACCGCGCCGAGUUGUUGGUAAAGAUCGAGCAGCUCAUCAACUACAUGGACAAGAUGUCUCACGAACUGUCGCGAAUGAAGGAGGUGGUGCUGUCCAAGAAGCACAACUUUAUCGGCCUGCCCGCCAACAUCUCGCUCAAAGACAGCUUUGACAUGCAGUCGCCAGCAAUCAGGUUUAAGCUGGCCUGCGAGAGAGCCCGCUCCAACGCGGGCGAGGGAGACAGCAUGAGCCACGUGGCCGCAUCCGCCAACGAGCAGCCAUUGACGUCGCCAGUGACCGAGCAGACACUUAGAAUACAUUCGCCCGUCCUAAAGUCCAAGCUACACGAGCUCAACCUGGCCUCAUGUGAUGAGAUCUUCCAAAUCGAUCACAUUCACGAGAAGGAUGAGGACGACUUUGACAACAGCAGCUACGACCAGCAGGCCUCCACACCAGUCCAGCAACUGAAUGACUACAGAAAGAAGAAGGGUAACAUCAUUGUCCAAUAA